GCAUUAACACUCGCACUGAAAUCACUUGUGCUUCAUCUCCUGCGUUCAAGAGUUACGAUUAUGGCACCCAAAAAGGCAAAGAAGCGAGCCGAAGGAGCCAAUUCCAACGUCUUCUCCAUGUUCGAACAAGCUCAGAUCCAGGAGUUCAAAGAGGCUUUCACAAUCAUGGACCAGAACAGAGACGGCUUUAUCGACAAGAAUGACCUGCGGGAUACGUUCGCAGCUUUAGGCCGACUGAACGUCAAACAGGAAGAGCUGGAUGAGAUGCUGAAGGAGGCUCCGGGACCCAUCAACUUUACCGUCUUCCUCACCAUGUUUGGAGAGAAGCUUAAAGGUGCCGAUGCAGAAGAGACCAUCCUCAAUGCCUUUAAAGUGUUCGACCCAGAGGGAAAGGGGACCUUGAAGAAGGAUUUUUUGUCACGGAUGUUGACAACACAAGCGGACAGAUUCUCUCCAGAAGAGAUGGAGCAGAUGUUUAGUGCUUUUCCUCCAGACGCUGCUGGAAAUCUGGACUACAAGAAUCUGGUGUACAUCAUCACUCACGGGGAGGAGAAAGACCAAGAGUGAAUCUCUCACUUUCAACAAUGCUCAUUUAAACACCAGGACUCUCUCAGAUCCAGUCCUGAAUUUAUGAUCUAACAAACAUUGUCCGGUGCUACAGCAUACCAUCUGUAUUUUAUCUCUGAACUGAACCAUUAAACCAAAUCAUACUGAAAUGUA